CCAGGUCCUGAGCCCAUGCCGGGCUCUGUGAUUCACCCAUUGCGCGACGCCACGAUGUGUCUGGAAGCGACCGGCGACCUUCAAAAUGGGACGCCCGUCGUGAUUACCAGCUGUCGCAACGCUGCGUCUCAGAAGUGGGAGUUUGGCUCUGGAUACACGGCCAUCAAGCUCGCUGGCGGCAACUUUUGUCUCGAUGCUGGCAGCUCUCCAGCGGACGGCGUCCGACUUAAGAUCUGGCAGUGCUAUGAGGGGAUUGCAGCCCAGAGCUGGAACUAUUCCAGUGGCGUCAUCAAGCUUCAGAGCGCAGCACAGUGCCUCGACCUCACAGACGGCUCGACGGCUUCAGGCAACCCUGUGCAGACGUGGCAAUGCUAUGCUGGGUCGCAGAAUCAGCAGUGGACG